AAGGUGAAGAGAAAGGGAGUGAUUGCACUGUUUAGUGUGUAGUUAAGUAAUGAAGAAUUGGAGCAGAGUGUAGCUCUGCACUUAUUUUUUUGAAAGCAGUUGAAGGAGUUGGAAGUGUAAUUUUAAUCAUAGCAUGUACUUCCCUUUUCAUGACAGGACGGACAUGAUUCUGAAGACCCAAAGCAAAGCACUGCUGAUAUGACAGCUUUUGUGCAAAAUCUUCUUCAACAGAUGCAAAUAAGGUUCCAGACAAUGUCUGACUCCAUAAUUACAAAGAUUGAUGAGAUGGGAAACCGUAUAAAUGAGUUGGAAGAAAGCAUCAAUGAUCUAAGAGCAGAGAUGGGAGUGGAGAGAAAUCCAUCACCUGUGGCCCCUGUUGCCCGUGCUAAGCCAAAGGAAGAAGAGUCGAACAAAGAAGAAGGUUCUGCUUGAGUUACAUUUGUGUUCUACUGCAUUGUUUUAUUUUGUAUCUUGUCAUAGUUCAGGAUUCUGUGACACUGUAUCUAGCGAACUUUCUCUUUGGUAGCUAAAAUUUCUGUUCAAACUAUGUAAAAAGCAAAGCCCCGUCGUUGAUUUCUUGUGUCUUUCUAAUUGGAAUGUGCUAGAUAGGGUGCCAUGUGUUUGUGGAGGAUAUUUCCUAUACUUUAAAUUUCUUGAUUACUUUAUGUU